GGAAAAGGCGGCACAUCUGUUAAAGUCAAAGUUUGAUUAUGUUUUCACAAGUUUGUAAGUUAUUUUUUUACGAACAAGUUGCAUUUAUUAUCUUUUUCAUCAAAUAUUCUUAAUAUGUCAAAUGCACGUACUGCUCGACUAGCACGCGAAAUUAAAAAUUUCGAAACUAAAUCUCCUUGGGGAAUUAAGUGUUGUCCUGAAAAAGCGGAUAUUUACGAUGUUCUGACAGUAAAUAUGCAAGGUCCAAAGGGAUCCCCUUAUGAGAGGGGUAUGUUCAAACUAAUUAUCGACAUACCUCAACGAUACCCUUUCGAACCUCCUCUGGUGAAGUUUGUUACUCCAGUUUAUCAUCCAAACAUUGAUAAAGAAGGCCGAAUAUGUAUGGAUUUAUUGAAAAUGCCACCGAAAGGUGCCUGGGUGCCGACAAUUACCUUGGAGAAUUUACUUGUCUCCUUACAAACAUUAUUGGCAAAUCCCAAUCCACAUGACCCACUUAUGAUGGAUAUUGCAAAUGAAUACAAGAUAGAUAUUGAAAAGUUCAAUGAAAAUGCAAGAAGAUGUACUGAGAAAUACGCUAUUGGUCAACAGAUAUAACAAGCAGUCAUUGAUGAAUCUUUAAACAUUUCUGUCUAUUCUUGCAUUCAAAUAUCUUGAUGGUUGAGAGCAACGCACAAGUUGUUGCCUAAUUUUACCUAGGGCAAGAGUUGUACUAUGCAGUGUACCUUAAGUGGUCAAAAAAUUGAUUAAAAACUACAGUAUUUUGAAAUUCAUUUAUUGCAGACUUGUUCAGUGCCACUGACUUUGGUUAACAUGGAAAAAUCAUAGUUGCAUUAAAUUCAUUGCAAGUAUAAACAUACUAGCUGUCGCCUGCGGCUUCGUCCGCACCAAAAUUAUAAAAAAAACUUAAUUAGUCUAUGUAUUUUACUUAGCUAUGUUCUACUAUGCCAAAUUUCAUCUAGAUACGUUUGGCAGAUGUUAUGUUUUAACAGACUUCCAUCCAUCCAUCCAAAUUGACAUUUAUAAGUAAGAUUCAAGCAGCAAGGAAAUAAGAACUGAAAAAUCUUAUUAAUUGUUUAGAGCGCAGUUAACUCUUGUGUAGAAGAAGUGUAAUUUACUUAACAAAAAUAUGAGGUACAUAAGAAUGUUAUAUUUAAAAAAAAAUUGUGAUCUCAUUUUUGAUUGACAUCUAUUGUUAAAUAAUAUAUUGGAGUGGUUAUGAUAUAAGGAAUAUGUGAAUUUAAUUUUUGUAGCAUUAAUGUAACACAAAGCAAACAUUAGAUUUUAGGAUAUCCAUGGAAAUUAGAAAUAAAUAAUGU